GGCUGCCGCCUCCGCCGCGGCGGCCCGGGCCUCUCGCGGCUUCCGUGCAGGGUGCCACACUUGGGAGCUCAAGGUGCUGCUGUGCUCGGAUUGGUCCUACGUCGGCCUUGUCUCUGAAGAGUGGACCUCCCUCACUGUUCCCAUUGGCCGCGCUGAUCACUCCUGGGGCAUUGCAUCCGGCGGAGCUCUUUUCGCUUGCGGUCGCGAAAUUGGCCGAAUUCAGGGAUAUGGAUCGGACAGCUGUUUACGGUGGGUCGUUGACAUGGACACACGGACUGCUUCGGUCGCCAUUGACGAUCGUGACCUCGUCGAGGUCUUCGUUUCCUUGCCGACCACGGUCUUCCCGGCCGCCUCGAACUGUCGAGCUCCAGCCAGGUACAGCAUCACGUUCCUCGGCGAAACGACGGCUGGUUAG